GUUUAAGCUUCUCUGCAACUAAAACCCUAGCCAACCAGCACCUGCUUCUCUCAUUUUGGCCCCGCUCAGAUGAACAGGGCCAAGAAGCGCGGCGGCGGCGGCGGAGGAAGAGGCUCAGCUCCCAAAGGAGCCAGAAAGCGGCAGCCUUCCUUCAAAGAAGACCCAUUCUUCACGAACGCUUCGAAGAAGCGGCUGAAACACGACGAGGACAUUCGCAGCGACGAGUCUUCGGAUGAGGACCGGAACGACGCCGCCGUCGGGGCAGGUAGUGGUGACGAGGACGGGGAGGAGGAGGCGGCGGCGGAGGAGAUUAUAGAGGAGACUCCCGGGGAGAAAAAGCUGAGGCUGACGAAGGAGUAUCUCAAUAGGCUGAGAGAGCAGGAUAGGAGGAAGAAGGAGGAUGAGGGUGACGACAGCGAUGACGACAGCUUGAAGGAAGGGGAGAGGGACUCGCUUGUGGCUAAGGUUCUGCAGCAGCAGCAGCUCCAGGACAGCGGCCGCCUCCGCCGCUCCAUUGCUUCUAGGGUUCAGAAGCCAGAAGCUACUGAUGAAUUUCAGAACUUAGUGAACCAUCGCCAAUCUGUCACCGCGGUUGUUCUCUCUGACGAUGACUUGAGAGGUUUCUCAGCAUCUAAGGACGGCACGAUUUUUCAUUGGGAUGUAGAUAGUGGGAAAAAGGAGAAGUAUCAGUGGCCCAGUGACAAAGUGUUAAAGUCCCAUGGGGUCAAGGAUCCACUAGGUCGAGCUACAAAGCAUAGUAAACAAAUGUUAGCACUUGCAAUUAGUUCUGAUGGUCGGUAUUUGGCGAGUGGAGGAUUGGAUCACCAUAUUCAUUUGUGGGAUACUCGUACCAGACAGCAUGUUCAGGCUUUUCCAGGUCACAGGGGACCUGUAUCAUGUUUAACUUUCAGGCAAGGGAGUUCAGAACUCUUUUCAGGUUCAUAUGAUCGAACAAUUAAGAUAUGGAAUGCGGAGGAUAGAACUUACAUAAAUACAUUAUAUGGUCACCAAGGUGAAGUAUUAUCUAUGGAUUGCCUACGAAAAGAACGGGUUUUGACUGUUGGACAUGAUCGAAGUAUGAUGUUAUUCAAGGUUCCGGAGGAGUCACGUUUAGUAUUCCGGGCCCCUGCAUGCUCAUUGGAGUGUUGCUCUUUUAUUAGCAAUGACGAAUUCUUAUCUGGCUCUGAUGAUGGAAGUGUUGAGCUCUGGACCAUGCUGCGAAAGAAGCCCGUAUGCAUAGUUAAAAAUGCUCAUCCUUCAUUGGCUGCACACAAAGAAGUUGAACAAAAGGAUGGUAAUACAGUCCCCAAUGGUCACAUAGAAAGUUACAACUGUUCUUCAACCUUCUCUUGGAUCAGUUCAGUCACUUCUUGUAGAGGCAGUGACCUUGCCGCAUCAGGAGCUGGUAAUGGCUUCGUUCGUUUAUGGUCUAUCGAAAGUGAGAGCAAUGCCAUUCAGCCCUUGCACAAUCUCCCUAUGGUUGGAUUUGUUAAUUCAUUAGCUAUUGCCAAAUCUGGAGGCUUUGUAGUUGCAGGAGUUGGAAAGGAACCUCGUUUAGGGAGGUGGGGACUUAUCCCAGCUGCUCAGAAUGGAGUUGCAAUCCACUCCCUUAAGCUUUCAUCGGAUACAAACUAGCUUGAAACUUAAGAGUACCAAACGUUUUGUCUCCCAAUUUUGAUUACAAUGAGUUGAUGAGGAAAUGGAACAAUGUUCGUUCUGGUUCAGAGCUACAGAGUAUGGCUUUCAUUUUUGUUGUGCCGUGUCACCUAUGUAAACGUCUAAAUCUAAUUUUAUUUGAAGAGAAGGCCAACAAUUUUUAACAUGAAAAAGGGCACCAAUUUUAUUGUA